AUGCGAUCCUUUGUCGUCAUCUCCUUGGCCGCCCUUGUCGCCUACACCAUCGCCUGCACCUGCAAAACCAAGACUUUGGAGGAGAUGUACUGCGAGUCGGACUACGGUAAGUCCAGGCAACGAAUUUUGGACAAAAUUUUUGCUUAGUUGCUCGCGUCCUAAUCACUGGAUUCGGCCCUGGACCGAACGCCAACUACACCAGUUACACCUUCUCCACUGUCCGCAACUUCAAGAUCAACAACGACACCAAUGUGGAUCCAACGGCGGCUGCGUACAGUCAAUUCAUUACCCCUUCCACUUCCGCCACCUGCGAAAUUCAAUGGCUCAGCCCAGGCCGCGAAUACGUCAUCAAUAGUAGGUCUAGAAACAAGAGAAAUGUGCCAAGUGGCGACGCUCGGAUUUCCUUGAAAUUUUGCACACUUACUGCGCAUAGGCCACACAUCAAUGCCUGAAAAUUUUAACUGGGUCUUUGCAGGGACAGCCGAGAUAAUCAACAAUAUUUGCGGCCGAGAGAGCAGGUGAAACGCGGAGAGCGGUCAGAGAGAAACGCACUUUUUCGGCCGUACCUUUGCCAUUUCGCGAGGAAAAAAUUGGUUUUUUGUGAAAAGUGAAUCUUGCCUUCACUGCGAAACUUGCAUAGCUAUUUCUACAGUGCACUGUAGAAAUAGCUAUGCAAGUUUUUACAUCAAAAUUCGUAAAAAAGUAUGGAUAUCUGUAGGAACGUUCGACCUAGAAAUGUCCGCCAUUUCUGCAAAGCGCUAGGAAUUUUUGCAAAUGCCGUGUAGAAACGUAGCCCGCUGUUUUUGAAAUUCAGCUGAAGGCUUUCUUACCGAAACCCUAAAAUUUCGAGCACCUCUACCGUGAGCUCAAAAAUACAUAUUGAAUCCACUGUCACACGGCCUUCUAAGCCGUCUAAAUUUGGAAUUUCAGCCGAAGAAACCCCAGCCAACGCCCUGUACACCAACAUCUGCCUUCAAUUCCCUCUGACCAACCAGUCCUCCGAGUAUACCGAUGCGUUGACUCAGAAGGUUCAGACUUUCUCUCAAGAUCCAACCAUCUGCCAGUAA